GCAGUGGAAGAAGCAGGAGCAGCCGAAGAAGAAAAAAUAAACAUAGAGCCUGAUGUGGCUACGUCAAUGCUAGCACGGUAACACUAAUGUGUGUCUCUCUGUUGGACGCUUCUCCUCCGCACUGACCCGAAAUGGGCAAGAGAGACAAUCGAGUGGCUUAUAUUAACCCCAUUGCUGCUUCACGAGCCAGGGGGCCUGCAUCCAACGCUGGACCAAGCAUCCAGGACUAUCUGAGCAGACCUCGGCCAACAUGGGAAGAGUUAAAGGAGCAGUUAGAAAAGAAGAAGAAGGGCUCUCGAACCCUGGCUGACUUUGAGGAUAAAUUGAACCUGAAAUGGAGAAAAGAACUCGCAAAAAAUCGAGAGAAGUUGUUGGCUGGUAUUGACAAGGAGAAAGAGAAAAAGAUGACGGACAAGGAAAAGGAGGAGAAGAAAGAGAAAAAAGAGAAAAAGAAGAAAGAGAAGAAGAAAUCCAACAGGCAUUCUUCAUCUUCCUCUUCUUCAUCGAGUUCUGAUUCCUCCAGCAGUUCUGUCUCCGAAUCUGAAGAUGAGGAUGAAAAGAAGAGUGUGAAGAAAAAACGGAAGAGAAAGAAGCUGACAGCCAGGAAAGCGUCGGACAGCUCAGAGGAAGAAUCAGAGGCUGACAUCAAGAAGAAAAAGAAAAGAAUCAAGGAAGAAGGGGACAAAGACAAGGAUGACAAGAGCCGCAGACGAAGGAGGAAGUUAGAGCGAAGUUAUAAAGACUCGUCCUCAGAGUCCUCUGCGGAGUCUGAGGGGGAAGAGGCAACUGAAGCCAAGAAGAAAAAGAGAAGUAGCGAGGAAAGAGAAAAGAUCACAGACAAAUCCAAGAAGAAGAGGAAAAAGAAGCACAAGAAACAUGGCAGAAAAAAGAAAAAGAAGGCAGCGUCUCAGUCGGACCUGGAGCUCGACUAAGAACUGUGGCUCAACCAUUCUCACCGUCUCCCGGCUGGUCACUAGUAGUGUUAUUUAUGCCCUGACCACCAAGAACUCCCCUCCUGCCUAGGUCAUCGCAUCAGAUCAAGGAGACCUACAGACAUGGAAGGCUGGGGGGUAAACGACGGCGACCCAGCGGUCCUUCAAAGUGGCAACUAUCGGUUCAUAUCUUUGGUUUACUUUUAUCGCCAUGCUUCUCAUAGAUGGUUGUCCUUUGAGUUACAGUCGACGACCGAACUGAAGUGAAUCCCCCGUCUUUCCAAUCCCUCAUCUCUGAGAUUUGCGUGGCUGGCACUGGCUUUCGUCCUCAGUGUGCCGGCCCCUCUUAGGAGUUCACGCCCUCUGCUUCUCACCUGAGAUCUGACGUUUCGUGUCGCUACAUGAGUUUGAUACGCUUGUGCCUGUGUUAUGCAUGCAGAACUGAUCACCUGUUGUCUCUCGCCAGCCUCAUAUUGAAGUUGGACCUGUGAUAAGAAAUGUGAGCUGCACAGUCACAAUAUUUAUACAAGGGAGGACUGUUCCGUUAGAUGGGUUGUUACACUGAAGUGUAAAUGUAUAAACGAUGGGAAUGAAUAAAGUGAUGUUUUAGCCUUU